UAUAAUAUUUACUUCCGGUAAAUUGUAAACAAAUCCGAGGACGGAUUCUAACCAUGCUAUUUUUAAAAAUAAGGUCUGUCAUGCGAUGUAAUCCGUAUAAAAUGAUUCAUUAUAUACAGGGACAAUCGCCUGAACCAAAGAUACGUGAAUAUUUCUAUUACAUAGACCACCAAGGCCAGCUCUUCCUGGAUGAUGCCAAGAUGAAAAAUUUCACAUCAUGUUUUAAAGAAAAGAAAUUCCUGGAUUUCUUCUUUAAACAAAUUAAGCACAAUGAAACUGGUCGAUAUGCAGAAGAAUUCCCUUAUUUAUCACCAUGUGGAAGAGAGCGGAACUAUAUACGCUGCGACGACAGACCAAUAGUGUAUGUUCACCUCACAGAAAAUAGCCCAUCUACCAGUGAGGAUAUACUUUCAUACGGAUAUGCGGGAAGCCCAACAUUGCGUGUUCCAUUUCAACCAGAGAAAAUCUGCAUGUUACCAUCGACUGGUCGCAUUUAUCACCCAGGUAUUGAAAGGCUGGGCGGUGUGGGCCUUAUAAAGUCCUCAAUAGCUAUUGCUAUAAGUAAACAUUUUGAAUUCAAAAAUGGGGAGGAGUUUCCACCAACUCAUUUCACAUGGAAAGGAGUGAAGUACACAUUGACAAAUGAGCUCCUGUCUCGUAUGACUCCAGACAGUGAUGGCUGUUCUAAUUUAUGAAAAUGAUGUUUAAUUGUAUGAUUAUAAAUAAAAGAUAAAAGUUU